GUUUGCUUGGAAAGAUUGUCAACAACGUCCUUGAGAUUGUAAACAAUUGUUCCGAAAGAGCUUGUGCCGGGGUUUUUCUUUACGAAAAUUCUAUCAGAAGAUAUUCAGCACACCUCAGAACAAUGGAUAACAUUAGCGAUGCGGCCAACAAAACAAUCGGAAGUACUGAAAAGGAAGAGAACCCAAAAGUGUCGGAAGAAAACAACUCACAAGGGAAGGAUUCGGAACAAAUUGAACCCAACAAAGGAUGCUCUCCUCCGGUGGGAGAAGGCUCAAGGGAAAGCGAACCAUCCUGCAGUAAAGAACCCGACGAGGAAGAUGAAACAAUGCUGAAAGAAAAACUCCAAACACUGAAGGGCGAUCGAAUCGGGGAAACGAUGUACUCGGAGCGCUUCGUCCUGUCCACCAUCCUGAAGCUAUCGAAGCAAGGCAACCGUUUGCUGGAGGAUGACGAAGAGUUCGAGCAUGACCUUUGCAACCUGUGGGACAUGACGAUUGAGCCGGACGUGGUACGCUUUCUUCUCGAGCAGGAUGUCAUCGAACUGUUUCUUGCUUUGGCCGCCGCAUCGGAGGAUUUUCGCUUAAUCGAGAUUCUGUUCGGCAUCAUCGGCAAUAUGUGUUGCGUGGAGGAGAUGCACGAUUUGUUCUAUCGGCAGAGCAAUUUGCUGGUAAGCUUCUGCGACUUUCUCUCCAUUACCGAUGCUCCGGUGUUGGUGCAGCUGAUGCGAACGCUUACGACGCUCUUCGACCGGUCGGACGACGAACGAUACCAUUGGUUUGGUGUGAUGAAGAAGGUGGACAAUCUGACGGAAAAGCUUUCACUCAUCCUCGCUACCAGCACCAACAGGGCGCUGCUAGAGCAUACGGCCGAGACAGUGGGCGCAAUGAUCAAUCGGUUUACCGAGGCAGAGGUGGAUUAUGCACAGCUAAACGAGUUCUAUCGCCUGUUCGGUAAGAGCUGCCUACUCGAAGGACUGUUCGAAGCGUUCAAGCAGCUGUUCCCGUUCCCCGCUCGACGAGAAGCGGCUGGCGAUGGGUUCGACGAAGAAACGCUAACACUGAAGGACAUUAAAACGAUGCGUCGUUUUCUCGAGAUUCACGAACACUUUAUCCUGAGCUCGAACGAGCUGUACGAAGCGUACGUUAGCGAGGUGGAUCAAUGCGUUCACCGCGUGCUUUCAUCGUUUGUGAACGAGUGCGUACUGUUUCCAGUGACGAAAAACCAUAUCUGCAUUUUUGUAUCGAUCAGCAACAUUUACAGCGGCAUUAUGUACCACUUCCGGGCGGAAUCGUUCGUCUGUAUGGUAAAGAUUUAUGAUCAGCUGGCAGAUGCACUCAAAAACCCACCACGGGAGCAUGCGCCUGUCUCCAGCCGAUCAACCGAGAAUGGUACGGCCCCCAUGGAGGAAGGUGAAGACGCAGAAGCAGAAGAUGAUGGUGGAGCGUUUGACGUGGAGACGGCAUGUGCCGAGGUACGAGAAGCAAUCUUCUUCCUCGUAGGACCGAUCGAUGAACAAAUAAUCCGGGCGGCGAUUAGGAUGGGGCAGCUAAAGGAAUCCACCUUUGAGCAGAUGUGCCGCGAAUUGCGAGAGACGAUGGACGGUGAGCCGUUGCUGUACCAGACUUGUGCGAAGCUCAUGAGCGCGGUGAGAGAGCCUACCGAAGAAGAAGCUGACGUUCCCAUGCUGGCAACUAACCAUGCAGCAGAGCAGUUUUAAACCUAACUUUAAAUACAAAUAAAACCACCUUCUUCUUUUUCACA